UCGCCCUACCACAGUACAGCUUCGGAACACUUGCAGCUUGCUGCAGAGUGCAUUAGUGCACCGGUGAGUGUGGUGCGUUCGACGAGCUUUUGCAGACACUUGGUGAUAGAUCUGGAAGUCGCGGUGGUUUGGAAGAGGUUGUUGGGGUUGGGGUCGGUGGUGCGAGUGCUGUGUACUGAUGAUGUGCGGAUUACGAGAAAGUCGAAACUGUGCAGCUUUGCAGGUUUAAUUUAUUCAACGCGGACGUGCACUUGUCUAAAUUAGGAUCUUGUUGACAAAUGUCGCCGCCGCUAAUAAGGCAUAGAUUAGAAGAUUACCGAGUCGGACAUCAUUAAGGCAACAACAGAAAGGGAUUUAAGCGCACAUAUUUCGUGACUGGACAUUUUUAUAACGCGUUAUAUUAUCUAAUGGGAGUUGUUUCGAUGGUGAUUCUUGUGGUGUGGUGGUAUUCCGAAGACAAUGCGCGCUAAGAACUCAUUAAGAAGCAGAAGCAAAAUGUAAUCAAGUUGAAAAAAUUGUAUGGAAAAAGUGGCCGCUGUGUAAUAAAAGACGGUAGACUGUAAUUGUGAAGAUGCCCUCAGGGAGCAUCACCGUGCGUCCUGAAGAAGAUUGUGAUGAUGAUAUUGCAGAUCUGGCAGCCAUCAGGAGGCUACUGGAUACGGAGAACACUGCGGGGACCUGUCCAAGUUGCGAUAUGCCGUUUGAUAAGGGCAAGAAACGAAGACUUAUCGAUAAUUGCGGUCAUGAACGAUGCUAUUCUUGCAUGUUCACCAAUGAGGCUUGUCCUUUGUGUACCUUGGACGCUCCCAUCAUCCAGCACGACACACCUCAGCAAUUGGGCUGCAUGGGCCUGAGAGGAUCCGAAAUCACGCUGUAUGGGGAGACGCCAGCCGAAAAGGACAGGAUGCAGCCCAGGAGCAAGGUCAAGACCAACGGACAUUUCACCACUUUCAUGCAGGGCCGGCAGGACCUCUCCGCGUCCGGCGUCGAGCUGGGUCAUCCCGAGAAGCUACCCAAGACCCGCCCCUCCAACCCCCGCACCCGCGUGGACCAGGGAGUCAUGACCCAGAGCUGCCCCACGCCGCCACAAACCCGCCGCAAGUUCUUCCUCAGCCCGAAGGCCCUUCGCAGCCCGUUUUCGCAGCGAAACUCGCGCCAGCCGCCCGUGGAUUCUGCCUCAUCCGCCGCCAUGACCUCCUCAACCACGUCGAAUGAGGGCCGCCAUUGGCCGAGCGUCGUUUUGGGCAAAAUCCGGUCUUUGUGGUCGGCAGGAACUUCCGGUCCGAGUGCCGGACUGAACCAGCUAGUGUCAGAUGAUGAAGGUGGAACUGUUAAGCCGAUUUCAAAUAAGAAGUCUUCGGAUAAUGAUAUGUACAUGAGACUAGGUCUGUUACUGGGGGACGGUGCUAGAAGAACCAAGAGGAUACAAGGAAGGAGCAGUCAUGAGUCGUGUUCGUCGCUUGCGAGUUACGACGCAGCUGCUAUGCUAUCCACCAACACGAGUCCUGUUUCCACCUUGACGGGAAGCUCGGAGGACCAACACAGGAUCAACCCUAGUUCGGACAGCGUUGGUUCCCUGAUGUCUAUGUCUAUGUCGGGCCAAAGCAACUGCAGUUCGAGCCCGGUUAGCAGACGACACAGCGUCACAACCUCUCAACCUGGACAAGUCGAAGAUCUCAACAUGUUCCGGAACCGCCGGACGUGCGUAAGACGGUCCGCCCGAGGCGGCACCAUCAAGGGACCAGUAGACCCUAAAAUUCGUUUCGCACAAUACAGAACGCCCCAACUGACCCUCAAACCCCUAUUCUUUGAAGUACCUCUCCAAGAGCCCGACCCGUUGUUCCUGGGACGACACUGGUUGAUCAAAGAAAUCGAAGACAUAGUCGGUUCUUCGAGCUCUGGUGUUCUCCUCACCGGAAAUCCCGGGACGGGUAAAACCGCUCUUAUUCUUCAGCUCGUGGAACACAGUUGCUUCGGCCGAAGAAAAGAACCCGUUUAUCAAUCAGUCCAUUCACCCGAUAGAUCCAGAAGCCCGCAAAGUAUCUACUACCAAAUAGACUUGAUUUCGGAAAGAUUGAAACCGCUAGCUAACAGUGUAGUGGCAUAUCAUUUUUGUCAAGCCGACAAUAACAAUACGUGCCUUGUACCUGACUUUAUCCAUUCAAUAGCUGCGCAGUUGUGUCAAGCGCCACAGUUAUCGGGGUAUCGGGACUACUUGUUGGGAGAGCCGCAUCUGCAAGCCGCCUUGUCCCUAAAAGAGUGUAUAGUCAAUCCAGACGUAGCUUUGACUAGAGGGAUUUUAGAACCUCUAGCCAGUUUGAGACGCGUCGGCAAACUGGAGAAUCUCAAUUGCGUAAUCUUGGUAGAUGCUCUUUGUGAAGCCGAAUAUCACAGACCCGACCAUGGCGACACAAUCACGACGUUUCUGGCUAAGCACACCCCCAACUUCCCCUCGUGGUUGAAAGUAGUGGCAACAGUGCGAACGCAGCUACAGGACGUCACAAAACAACUACCCUACACCCGAAUCACCGUCGACAACACCAAUUCCAACGAAAACAUCACCAAGGACGUGCUAAGCUACAUCAAUUUCAGGCUUCAAAACAGCCCUAGUAUCCAGAGCAACAUAACCUCUUCGACUUCCGGUAAAUCCGAGAGCGGUAGCAUUUCUCAACACAAAUUCUCCCAACACUUGCUGAACCUCAGCAAUGGCUCCUUCCUCUUCGUCAAACUAACCCUCGACUUGAUCGAACGUGGACACUUAGUGGCGAAAUCCAGCGGUUACAAAGUGUUACCAGUGACUUUGGCCCAAAUCUAUCUCUUGCAUUUCAACCUUCGCUUCCCCACCGUGCGUUCCUUUGAAAAAGUCGCCCACAUUCUCAGUGUUUGCUUGGCAGCUCUCUACCCUCUCACCCUCCUCGAGAUCUACUACUCCGUCAACUCACUCCUCGUGGACAAUUUUUUGCCCUGGAAUGAGUUCUUCCAACGCUUCAAACUUCUAUCCGGCUUCCUCGUCAAGCGUUUAGACAACACCUAUAUGUUCUUCCACCCUUCCUUCAGGGAGUGGUUGAUCAAACGCGACGAAAACGAAAACACCAAGUUCUUGUGCGACCUUCGGUCAGGUCAUUCGGGGAUAGCGUUCCGCUUAUCCCGUGUUCAAGCACCUCUGGAUGAAGAGAAAACUCUCGAAUUGGGACACCACAUCCUCAAAGCUCACGUUUAUAGAAACAUGUCUUUGCCGACGCUAACCGCACGGGACUUGCAAGCUUUCUGGGUGUCCGAAAGCUCGGAGAACGUGUCGGCUGCUGUGUGUAACUUACGCAACAUGUACAGUCCUAACGUGAAAGUAUCCCGGCUUUUGUUACUAGCUGGGGCUUCCCCGAAUCACGUGACUGAGUACUUAGGUAACGCGCCGGUACUGUGCGUGUACGCGAAUGAGGGUAUAGUACCCAUGGUGUCGCUGUUGUUGGAGUUUGGAGCCGACGUGGAACUGACGAACAGUCAAGGUUCAACCGCUUUGUCGUUAGCCGCAGCCAAAGGACACUGUGAUAUAGUACGACAUCUGAUAGCUGCAGGAGCCAGUCCGGGACACGUCGAUACCGCAGGGUACUGCCCUCUGGUUCACGCCGCCAGAAACGGCUGCUUGAACGUCGUCGGGUACUUGCUAGCUUGUGAUUGGAUCAUCAAGAGUCCCGAAGACGUGGAACUGGCAGAAGCGGCACAACAGGCGUUGGUAGCAGCGGCUAGUCAAGGCCACGUUGAAAUCGUGGAGUACCUUCUGGACAUGGCGGAAGUCAAUGUCGAUUGUACGGAUAGCAUAACAGGAGAAACCGCGUUGACGGUGGCUGCGUCGAACGGCUGCCAUGGUGUUUGCACUACUUUAGUAGGCCGAGGUGCGAGUUUGUCAGUUUGUAACAAAAAAGAGAUGGCGCCGUUGUUGUUAGCCGUGAAGGAAGGUCAUUGGGCCGUGGCUGAACGACUAAUACAGAACCAUGCAGCCAUUGAACAAAGUGACAACGUCGGACGAUCUCCGUUGAUGUUGGCAGCGUCUGAGGGUCACGUCGGUUUGAUCGAACUUCUUCUAAAUAAAGGGGCCGAAAUUAAUAAGGAGGACCGGGAAGGGCUGACGCCCCUAUGUUGGGCUUGCCUCCGCGGCAAACUGAAAGCAGUCCAAUGUUUAGUGGAACGAGGUGCCAAUAUUAAUCACACUGACAAGACUGGGCGCACCCCGUUGGACUUAGCGGCGUUCCAAGGAAGUCCAAAUGUAGUCCAAUUGUUGAUAGACAAUGGUGCUUUAAUCGAACACGUCGACAUUAACGGAAUGCGACCUUUGGACCGAGCCAUCGGGUGUAGAAACAUACAAGUAGUGCAGUGCUUUUUGAAAAAAGGGGCUAAAUUGGGGCCAGCCACAUGGGCCAUGGCCUCAGGCAAGCCAGAUAUACUGCUUAUUCUCCUGAAUAAACUUCUUGAAGAUGGUAACACGUUAUAUCGCAAGGGUAGAUUAAGGGAGGCGGCCCAUCGCUACCAAUACGCCCUCAAGAAAUUCCCCGGCGAAGACCAAGCCGACCACAACAAGGCUUUCAGGCAGCUGCACGUCAAUUUCCUCCUCAACUACUCCAGAUGUAAACGAAAACUGAACGAAACCGAAGAAGCCAUGGAACUGGCCAACGAAGUCCUAACCAUGAACCCCGACUCAUACGAAGCUUUCUAUUCCAGAGCUAAGGCCAAACUCGAUCUGAAAAUGUACGAGAACGCGUUGUCGGAUAUGAGGGAGGCCUUAAGAUUAGCGCCUGCGCAGAACGUCGAAGUAAGGAAGGUUUUGGCGCACUUGAGAGACGAGAUCACUAACAAGAUGGCGUCUCCGUCUGCGCGUUUUUCGAACCAUCGUGACUUAGCAAUGUCUGUUGACACUUUACAUGAGUAAGAAAAUUAGGAAAUAUCACCAGUGCCUUUUCAAUGCAUUAUUUGGAAGACUGAUUUUUGACGAAAUUCUCUUUGUGAAUAUGUUAGGUUGUAUUGCUAUGUAUAUAACUUACUAUUUGAAUUAAUUUAUUUUAACUGUUA